GACCAAGAUGUGAAAAUAUAAUCAGUGAGCUCGUCUGUGCCUUGUGUAUAUAAGGAUUCUAGACACAAGAGAAACGCAUACCUGCAACUUCAUCGAAGCUUAACCUCUUGCUUUGUCCCUGAACGAAAUGAACUUCCAUAUGCUGACCCUUGUGGUGGUGCUUCUGGCGGGUCUGGAGCAGAGUUGGGCUGCCUCCUGUGUGGUGGACAGCUUCAAUGUCAAGGAGGACUUUGACCCCAAGAGAUACGCAGGGAAGUGGUACGCUCUGCAGAAGAAGGACCCUGAGGGACUGUUCCUCCAGGACAACAUCUCAGCUGAGUACGCCAUCGGUGACGACGGCUCCAUGGUCGCCGCCUCCAAGGGACGUGUCACACUUUUUGGAUUCUGGGUUGUGUGCGCUGACAUGGCUGCCCAGUACACUGUGCCAGACUCUACCACCCCUGGAAAGAUGUUCAUGAACUACCAGGGACUGGCCAGCUAUCUGUCCAGCGGAGGUGACAACUACUGGGUGAUUGACACCGACUAUGACAACUAUGCCAUCACAUAUGCCUGCCGUACCCUGAAGGAUGAUGGAAGCUGUGAGGAUGGCUACUCCCUGAUAUUCUCCCGUAACCCCCGUGGCCUGCCACCAGCCAUCCAGAGGAGCAUUCGCGCCAAGCAGGAAGAGAUCUGCAUGGCUGGACAAUUUGAGCCCGUGCUGCAGUCUGGAGCUUGCUGAAUGUCUACUAUGAAGGAACUGCUGCCAAGGGAUCCCUACAACGUGCUGGCUUGGACAGAGAUAUUUACUGAUGACUGAAGAGGGAAAUCGCAUAAGAUUUUUUUAUAUAAAAAUGAUAUUAUGCCCCUCAUGUACAGUACCAGUCAAAAGUUUGGACACCUACUUUAUUUUCUACAUUGUAGAAGACACUAUGUUAUUGCUCAUUCACUGUUCAUCAGUUUGUGUUGGCAACAAUAGAGUUUAAAGAAACUUAGUUGGCUUGGUGAGUACAUUGUCCAGGGGAAAAACAUGAGCAUUCUAUUGUUAUCACUGUCUCAUGAGCAUUAAAAAAAUAUUUAAAAUGGUAAAA